AUGCGGCUAAGCGAGGAGGACCUUGAGCUUGGAGAGAUGGAGGAGGAGGAGAGGGAGGAGGAGGAACGGCGGCGGCACGAGGAGAACCUACAGAUGAUCAUGGCCGCAAAACCCGUCAAGUGGACCACAUACGCGAUAUUGGCUGCAGCGUUUUCCGCGCUGGUGCUGCUGGCGGUGCUGUGCUGGGCGUUCAUUUCCGCCAUGCAGCCCCCUGCGAACUCCCUCCCCCUCCACCUGCGCGCGCAACGCCUAGACGCCGCCGCGCUCGCCGUCCUUUCCAUCCAACAGAGGCUGCAAUACGCAGCAGUGGCGCAGGCCUUGGCGCUGACGUCGGCUCUCAACUCCAUGGCCAGAAGCAAUGUCAGCACUGGUAGACAAAGCAACAGCAACAACCUAACAAGUCUUCUAGCACAUUCCCAGGAGGCCUUGCUAGCCACGUCCUUCCCCUUCAUUCGCCCCGACCCAUCUCUCCACAUCACUGCUUUCGUUGCCCCGGACGGCACUCUCACCGGCUACCUGCGCCCCUCGCAAGGGCUCUCUUUCAGUAGUGACGGCAGCAGCAGCAGCAGCAGCAGUGAUAGUGAUAGAAGCAACAGCAUGGGCAGUGGUAUCACCAACAGCAGCAACAGCCUCGUUGCUGCUCCUCUGUACCGCAUCCGAUCCCCACCCAACCUGCCCCUCGCUCCUCCAGAUGCUGCUGUGGGAACCAGCCCAGGCCUUGGGGCGGAACGGAUCUUGGGAAGCAGCAACAGCAACCCUCCAACUGUGACUGUCUCUGACCCCACACUUACCCUCUCCAACGCCCCGACUGGGGUGCCUUCGAGACGGCUUGCUGUCUCGUCUGCCAUCUCCACCGCACCGCACCAUUCCGAGUUUCAUAGACCGCAAGGGGCGAGAAGCUCUGCUGGUAGUAAGGGACCAGGCAACGCUGCAGCAGAGCAGACCAGUGCUGCAUUGGCUGCUGCUGCCGUCUCAACCCAGAGUAGAGGCACCGUCCGCAGCAGCCAUAGUAGCAGGUCCAGCGCCGUCCCAGGCUCAGGCCAAACGUCAGUUUCAGCCUCGGCAGCAGCAGUAACAGUUGCAGCAGUCCCACCUUCUCCUUGCAUGCUUUUGCCUUAUGUUCUAGAGGGGUCUUUUCUAAACGGUUCGUUAGUGAAUCAGUCUGUAGUGAAUACAGCCAUGCUACCUGACCUGCGCACUGUACCAGGCUACAGUGCUUCUCUCUCGUUACAAGCUGGCUCCUUUAUAGACACUUUUAGUACAGUACUCCCUGCUAAUUGCCCGUCCCCAGAUGAACCUCCCCCUCCUGAGUGGCCGUUGGCCUUUUUAGCAGCUCUCUCUCCCGUUUUUUUGGGUGGUACUGCCAGCUCAGCAAGUGCCACGUCAGUCGGCGCUAGCCUGGCAGCUGUCUCCCUUGCUGACGUGGCAGCAGCAUGGGCUGGCAUCAGCAUCAACUCUGGCAGCAGGCCAGCCAGUCCUGAAGAAACCCAGAAGCUUCCUUCACGUCUGCUGCUUGUUUCAGCCACUGGAGGGCUUGUGUUGUCCUCUUCUGGUGCAGCGGGUGGGCCCUUAGCACCCAAUGACGUCAUAGUGACGUCAGCAAUGUCUGCGUUAGGGUUAGGCAAACCUGCUGAGUCAGCAGUGCCUGUGGUCGAAGCAGCUCUGGUGAACUCGUCUGCAGCAGCGUUAGGGAGUGUAAUGAGAUCGCUACAGACAAAUAUCGUCGGCCAGGAGUACUACGUUGACUCUCUUCCUCUUGUCUUCAGCACUGCUGCCAAUUACGUGAGUCCACCACAUGCCCUGGAGCUCUCUCCCUCCCCCCCCGCCUCCCCCAAAACCCGUUUCCGCAUGCUUCUGCUCUCCCUCGCCAUUCCCCUCUCUCCCCCGUUACAUCUAAACUGGUGUGUGCACCUCGCGUCCCUCUCACCCUCCCCUCCCCCACUCGCCUCCCCCGCUCUCCCAUUGCACACCACCGUGCAUGCAUCAGCAGUGGCCCUUCUGCAUGCUGAGGGUCACCGUUGUUUCCCGUCUCACUUGCCAUUUGUCGCUUUCCCUCAUGCCACGCCCUCUCUCCCACGCCCUCUCCUCUGUGCUCUAACGGCAGGACGAGGACGAGGUGCAGAGGCAGAUGAUGCUCACCAAGAGGGUGGAAACGAGGACGAGGUGCAGAGGCAGAUGAUGCUCACCAAGAGGGCGGAAACGAGGUCCCAGACCAAGAGCGCCUUCCUAGCCAGCAUGAGCCACGAGCUGCGCACGCCCAUGGCGGCUAUUCUGGGCCUGCUGGACCUGGUGUUGUGUGAGGACCUGCUGCCCGAGGUGCAUGUGAACGUGCAGCAAAUCAAACUGGCUGCAACGGCCCUGCUGGGGCUCCUCAAUUCCAUCCUCGACCUCAGCAAGGUGGAAGCAGGCAAGCUGGUGUUGGAGUGUGUUGACUUUGACAUCCGAAAAGACCUCGAACUCAUCGUGGAAAUAUUUUCAGUGCAGGCUUUAACCAAGAGCACGGAGAUUUCUCUAGACCUGUCGGACGAUCUGACACGCAUGGUGAGGGGCGACCCGCACCGCGUGCGGCAGGUGUUCAACAACCUGCUCUCCAACUCCAUCAAGUUCACCCCCAACGGCCACAUCGUCAUCCGCGCCUGGAACCGCGCCGCCCACGGCCAACAGCAGCAGCAGCAGCAGCACGGGCAGUUGCACGGGCAGCAGCAGCAGCCCGGGCAGCUGGGAUGGGCGGAGGGGGAGCGGGCGGCGCUGCAAGGGGGAGGGUCGGGGGUGAUGGAGGGGAGUCAGCACGGGGGAGGGGAAGGGGGUGGCGGGGAGGAGAAGGAGAGGGGGAAGGGGAAGGUGGAGCUAGUGUUUGAGUUGGAGGAUACGGGGUGUGGAGUGCCCAAGGACAAGCGGGAGGCUAUCUUUGAGACGUAUGGGCAGGCAGACCAGGCGCACGGGCGGAUCGGCACGGGUCUGGGCUUGGCAAUCGUGCGAUCGCUGGUGGAGAUGAUGGGGGGAAAGAUUGCUGUAGUGGACAAGCCCACGCCCGGCCCCGGGUCCCUCUUCCGCUUCAACCUCUCCCUCGACCGCCCUGACCCCGCAGCAGCAGCGAAGCAGGCAGGCGGGGAGGCAGAGGAGCAGGAGAAGGAGAGCUGGCGCCUGGAGGCGCCUCUGAUGCGCGCGCUGUGGGACGGAGACGUGCUGGUGGUGAUGGGGGCGUGCCCGGGGAGGGAGGUGGCGGGGAAAUGGUUGAGGCAGCGAGGGCUGACGGUGGUGGAGGUGGGCGCGUGGGACGAGAUGGUGGACCGCAUUCGCCAGGUAGCAACAGCAGCGGAGGCGAAGGCGAGGGCAACGGAGGCAGCAUACGAGCGAAUGCGAAUGGACGACCCGCAAACCAGUCUGGGGGUGGCGCUCGGGGGAGGGGUUGGAUUAGGGGGAGCGUUGGGGGGGGGUUUGGGGGGAGGGGGGGGAGGCGGAGGGUUGAUGGUGCCGGGUCUCUGCUGUCGGCAGGUAGCGGGGGAGGUGGAAAUGGGGGAGGUGGAGGAGGAGGAGGAGGAGGAGUGGGGGGGGGCGGGAGGGAGUGGUGAUGGCACGAGGAAUGGGUUAGGGAGCGAGAUAUCAGGAGCAGGGGCGGAGGCAGGAGGAAGGAUCCCAGGAGUGGCUUCUGUAGAGGCAGCAGCAGGAGGAGGAGCAACAGCAGCAGGCGAGGCAACAGGAGGGGGAGGAGCAGCGGGGGAGAAGGGCAGCAGCAGCAGCGGCAGCAGUGUGGGUGGGAUUCGCAGUGCAGGCAGCUCGCCCCUGCGGUUAGCGCGUAUAGCCAGUGUGAGCAGCGGGCACAGGAGACAGAGCAGCCUGGAGCGAAUCGGAGCACUCUUUAGCGGAGCAGGGGGAGGGGCAGGGGCAGAUGGAGGGGCAGGGGGAGGGAAGGAUGCCGGAGGGGUGGGGGUGGGCGGAUGGGAGGCGCCUGGCAGGAGUGGUUUAGCCAAGGAAGGAAUAGGGGGUGGAGGAGAGGCAGGGGGAGGGAUGGAGGGAGGUGGAGCAGGAGGGGGAGCAGGAGGAGCAGCAGGAGGGGGGGCGAAGAGAGGAUUGGAAAGGACAGUGAGUUUGCAGUCUGACAAGAAGGUUCUAGGAGGGGGAGGAGCAGGGGGGGCCGCUGCCGGUGGUGGGCUGUGGAAGCAAGGGAGUCUGACCCUCGGGAAGGUGUUUCGGCGGGGCAGUGGGGGCAGUGAUGCCAGCUCUGGUGCGGGAGGGGGUAUGGGUGGCAGCGGCGGCAGCGGGAGUAGUAGUAGCACGAGCGUGUGGCGGCAGAGCAGCAUGGAAGGGCUUUUCUCGAAUGCGUUUGUGCGCAAUGACCGGAAAAGCAGCGGGUUUUCGAGCACGAACAGCGACGGUGACGAUAAUAAUAAUAUUAAUAUUAAUAAUGGUGAUAAUAGCAAUCAUGGGCAGAAACAGGCUACUGUAGCGCUCAUUGUAGUGGAUACCUGCAUGCUUCCGGGUCUGACGUUACCGUUACCGUCGGAUAACAAGCAGCCUGGUGAUUGGUCCGCUCAGAACCCACCGCCCCUGCCGUCGUCUGCUGCUGCUGCUGCCGCUGCCACGGCUGCUUCGGCAGCAGCAGGCCAAGCAGAGGCUUUAGGAACAGCUUCUGCUGCACCGACAGGGGUGGGAGGGGCAGGAGGGGUGGGAGGCGGCGGAGGAGGUGGAGGAGGGGGGAGUGGAGCAGGCGGAACAGCAGCAGGGGGAGCGGGGGCAGGGGGGGGUGCAGGGGCAGGAGCAGAGGCGGAUCUAGGCCCACUGAAUGAGCUGCUAGCACUAUUGGAUAUCUGCAGGGCGGGUGGGGGUAAUAGCUCUCUUCCUGUCAUGUGGUUGGUAGCUGCCAACACGCCUGCCUCUGUGCGUGAGCGGUUGAGAGCGGCCGGGUGCGAUACUAUUGUGUCUAAGCCCCUGCAUCCUACUAGGAUGGAGCAGUUGUUGAAUCUGGCUAUGGAUAUUAAGUAUGGGAUUGGGGGGAAUGCGGAGGGGGGUGUGGGAGCGGAGCGGGGGGGAGAGGAAGGGGAGGAGAGAGGGGGGGAUGGGGAGGGAGAGGGGGAUGGUGGGGGGAGUGAGGGAGGUGGAGGAGGAGGGGUGUGGGGAGUUCUGGACGAGUUGGGGAAGGAGAAGGGGAGGGAGAGAGGGAGGGAGAAGGGAGGAGGGGCGGGAGGAGGGAAGGGAGGAGGGAAGGAGGGUAAGGGGCGCAAGAGUAUAAAUGUGAAUGUGAGGAUUCAGAGGUGUUUGAGUGCGGUGGAUGAGGAGUUGAGUCACGCAGACGAGAUGAGCAAUGGGGAGGACUCUUGCCUCUCCACCCCUGUUGGGAGUUCUGAAUUCGACCUCACUACCCCAAGGUCUGGUGACGGGGCGUGGGAUGGGAGAGAAGGGAGGGACAGGCGGGAGGGGCGAGACAGGAGGGAGGGGAGGGACAGGAGGGACGAGAGGGAAGGGAGGGACAGACCGAGCAAUAGUGGUGAUGAUGAGAGUGAUGGUGAUGGGGAAAGAGGAGGUAGAGGAGAGAAAGGAGAAAGUGAUGAGAGAUGGGAGAGAGGGGAAAGAGGAGAGAGGAGAGAAAGAGGGGAGCGAGGGGAAAGAGGAGAGAGGAGAGAAAGAGGGGAAAGAGGAGAAAGAGGAGAGAGAAGGGACAGCCAGUACCGUUCGCAAAGGAGGAAGGAGGGUUCCGAGGAGUAUUGUCAGGAGGGUGAUAGCGACAGAUACGGUGAGGACACAAGAGCGGCUGGAGGGGCAAUCACGCCCAGAACGCCCCGGAACCUUCUCGUGCCGUUCCCUCGCUCGGAAUCCCGCGGGUCUCAAGACGGGGGCAAAGCGGGCGGGCAGGAGGAGCAGCGGCGCGGAUCCUUCCGAAAGGACUCGGUGGCAUCGCUUUCACUCAUCUCGCCACGCUCGCCCUCGUCUCUCUCCUCAUCCUCCUCUCCCUCCAUGGAUCGCUCUGCUAGCGGACGGCUCUUGCCGGCCAUCGACUCGCUCUUCUCCCCUCGCAAGCACUCGCAGUCUCACUCGCAGUCUCACUCGCAGUCUCACUCGCAGUCUCACUCUCAGUCUCACUCGCAGUCUCACUCGCAGUCUCACUCGCAGUCGCAUCGUGCCUCCUCCUCCUCUUCUUCUUCCUCUCGUGCCAAGCGGAGCGGCAGCGGCAGUGGCAGCAGAAGCAGGGAGAGGGGUGGAGGGGGUGCGGGUGCGUCAGGAGCAUCGGCCCACCAGAAGGCCGUUCUGGGCCCGCCGUCAGCUCUGGCAGGUGUGCACAUCCUAUUGGCGGAGGACGUGGCGAUGCUGCAGCGCGUGGCGGUGCUGAUGCUGAAGAAGAUGGGCGCGACGGUGGUGGCGGUGAGCAACGGUCAGGAGGCGUUGGAUGCGGUGACGAGGCAGGUCCGAGGGGAGGCGGAGGGUGGAGAGGCGUUUGACCUCGUGCUCAUGGAUUGUCAGGUGCGUCUUUUGCGGGGUAGUGGCGGGGCGGUGGUGGAAGGUGGUGCGUUGGAGGGAUGCGUGCACUGGCAGGUGGUUGGAAAGGGGAACCUUCCGUUCCAUGCGUGCGCACAUUGGCUUAUGAGGAUGGGGUCAUGCGAGUCGCUGUGUGUGUGUGCGCUCAUAGACAUCACACUCUCUCUCCUUCCCACCUUCCUCAUCCACCUUCCCCAAUGUAUUCUCCUGGCCAUCACACCCAUAACCACCUGCCGCCCACCUGCCGCCCACCUACCACCCACCUGCUGCCCACCUGCUGCCCACCUGCCGCCCACCUGCCCCCACUUCCCCCCCACCCACCGCAGAUGCCUGUGUUGGACGGGUACGCAGCAACGCGGGCAAUCAGAGAGGUGGAGAGGGGUGCAGAGGUGCACAUUCCGGUGGUGGCACUGA